GCGAUGGCGGCCUCCGGCGGGGGCGGGAUCGGGAUCCAGCUGCUGCUGGAGGCCGCCGAGUACCUGGAGCGCCGGGAGCGAGAAGCCGAGCACGGGUACGCGUCGCUGCUGCCCGGCGGGAAGGACGGGGAGGCCGGGCAGCGCCGCGGAAAGGCCCGGAGGAGGAGCGGUGGCGGCGGCGGCGGCGGCAGGGGCAGGUCGACCCACAGUGAGAUGGAAAAGAACAGGAGAGCUCACCUGCGGCUCUGCUUGGAGAAGCUGAAGAGGCAGGUCCCGCUCGGGCCCAAGGACAGCAGGCACACCACCCUGAGCCUGCUCAGGAAGGCCAAACUGUACAUCAAGAAGCUUGAAGAGGACGACAGGAAAGCCACGCACCAAAUCGAGCAGCUGCAGCGGGAGCAGCGGCACCUCCGGAGGCGGCUGGCGAAGCUGGGCACGGAGAGGAUCAGGACGGACAGCAUCGGCUCCAGCGUCUCCUCCGAGCGCUCCGACUGGGAUGGAGAGGAGCUGGACGUGGAUGUGGAGAGCACGGACGAGCUCCCUGCAGACCUCGACUGGAGCAGCAGCGACUCGGAUGAGAGGGGGAGCCUGCGGAGCGCCUGCAGCGAUGAGGGGUAUUCCAGCUCCGGCAUCAAGAGGCUCAAGCUGCAGAGCGACUGCAAACCCUCUCUUGGGCCAUAAGAUGCAACUCCCGUGGUUGUUUCAGGCCUGGCUCUUUCCCGUUGGAUCCUGUUAGGUAGCACACCGGGCCUUUCCCAUCCUUCUCUUGCACAUCCAACAACCUUCCUGGAGCACCGACCAAAAGGAAGCCAAACUGGUUGGAACUCGAGUCCCAAAAUGCCACUUGGGGCUGGGGGUGGUGAGCGGCUCCCUGGAGCUCCUCUUCCCAUCCAGAAGCUUCUCUCUAUGAGAUUCCCACAUUCCAGGCACAUUUGGAAGCACCUGAGGGUAUCACAGCAGUAAGAGCAACCUCCAAAACCCUCCCUGGUGCUGUCACUGCCUGGUAUUCCAGAUCUACUCCGUAUUUGCCUGGAGAUAUCACAUCCCAGUAGUUGAUGGAAGGGCCCAAAUGUAGGGGUUUUUGGGAGCCAGACACUCAACAGAGCCAGA